AACUCAAAUCAAAAUCAGCGGUAUAAUUCACAUCAAUUUCAAAGACGGAAACGAGAGUCUCGGGUUUCACUUCUUGACUUGAAAAUCUAUGAUCUGUCAAUUGUUUUCUCACACUGUCUUUUCCAAAGCAUUGUUCCUUUGAAAGACAAGGACUUCCCUGAUAUUUUCAGUUUCUAUUUUUAUUCUCAACGCAAAAAAAAAAAAUCCAGAAACUAAAAAUGGCGAGGAUACCGGACGAGGAAUACGAUUACUUGUUUAAGGUUGUAUUAAUCGGAGACUCUGGUGUAGGAAAAUCUAACUUGCUUUCCCGAUUUACUCGGAACGAGUUUUGCUUAGAAUCUAAAUCCACCAUCGGAGUGGAAUUCGCCACUCGCACUCUCCAAGUUGAGGGGAGGACCGUGAAAGCUCAAAUAUGGGACACUGCUGGUCAGGAACGGUACAGAGCAAUAACGAGCGCCUACUAUAGGGGUGCCCUUGGAGCUCUUCUGGUGUAUGAUGUUACCAAGCCAACAACAUUUGAAAAUGUGAGCCGAUGGCUGAAGGAGCUCAGGGACCAUGCCGAUUCUAAUAUUGUGAUUAUGUUGAUUGGGAACAAGACUGAUCUGAAGCAACUCCGAGCAGUUGCCACUGAGGAUGGUCAAAGCUAUGCAGAGAAUGAAGGUCUCUCAUUCAUUGAGACUUCUGCACUGGAAGCAACAAAUGUUGAGAAGGCUUUCCAGACCAUUCUCUCUGAAAUAUACCGCAUAAUUAGUAAGAAGUCACUUUCUUCAGAUGAGCCAGCAUCUGCAAGUAUUACAGAAGGGAAGACCAUUGUCGUCGGAGCUCCAGACCCCAACGCAAAAAAGGCUUGCUGCUCAUCAUCUUGAGUAUGAUCUUUAUUCAUUACAG